AUGGCUGAAGUCUCUUCUCCUUACUUGGCUGAGCACAAAACUGAAUACUCAACUUGCGAUAGUGAUUAUGGAAGCCAAGAGAAUGGAAUGGGGAUUGAUGAAAAUUUGAAAACUGAGGCUGCAUCUGCAUACAGUUCUCCCAACAAGCCAAAGGCUCCUUCUAAAGACAUAAAAGCCGAAGACUUAUCCGAUGAAGAUGAUGUGCCUUUGCACCAGCGUUUCAGUCAAGUAUCAAACGACUCUCACAAAAAAAGGAAGAAGGAAGACAUUGAUGACGAUUAUAAACCUGAAAAAAAGGUUUCUAAAAAUCAAAAAACACCCAAGAUAGAGAGUGACGAUGACGUUCCAUUAGCUGAGCGUCUGAAUAAAAGCAAAGAUAAGAAGAAGGACCGAAAAAGAAAGCAGAGUGAGAGUGAUGAUGAUCAUGGGAAGCCAAAGAAGAAGAAAGACAGAAAAAAAGAAAAGGAAAAAUCCUCUAAAGAUAAAAAAGUAAAAGAAGAAGUUUCAUCACCUACAAAACGGAAGAAGAAAGAAGAAGAGCUAGAAGAUGUUUGGGAAUGGUGGAAAGAAGAGAAGAAGCCUGCCGGAGUUAAAUGGAAUACUUUAGUUCAUCAUGGCCCUCUUUUCGCUCCCGAUUAUAUUACUUUACCUGAUCAUGUCAAAUUCAAGUACGAUGGCCAUAUUGUUAAGCUGUCCAAUGACGCAGAAGAGGUAGCAACCUUUUAUGCACGGAUGCUCGACCAUGAGUAUACGUCUAAAGAUGCUUUUAACAAUAACUUCUUUAAAGAUUGGAGAAAGCAAAUGACUGCCAAGGAAAGAGAAAUGAUAACUGAUUUGAAAAAGUGUGAUUUCCGUCAGAUGGAGGCGUAUUUCAAAGAGCAAACUGAGAUAAGAAAAGCCAUGACAAAGGAGGAAAAGCUUAAAAUAAAAGAGGAGAAAGAAGCUGAGGGUAAGAUCUAUGGGUUUGCCUAUAUUGAUGGUCAUAAGCAAAAAGUUGCAAACUUUCGUAUUGAACCUCCAGGACUCUUCCGUGGCCGAGGUGGCCAUCCAAAAAUGGGCAUGUUAAAAAAACGUGUCAGACCAGAGGACGUGAUUAUCAACUGUUCGAAGGGUGGCGAAAUUCCACGUGCGCCUGCUGGUCACAACUGGAAGGAAGUUCGUCAUGAUAAUCAGGUAACUUGGCUGUGCUCCUGGACUGAAAACGUGUUGGGUCAAAACAAAUAUAUCAUGCUGAACCCUAGUAGUAAGAUUAAGGGAGAGAAAGAUUAUGAGAAAUACGAGACCGCAAGACGUUUGAAGUCAAGAAUCAAGGUCAUUAGAGAGAACUAUACUGCUGAUUGGAAGAGCAAGGAAAUGCGUAUAAGACAAAGAGCAGUAGCUCUUUACUUUAUUGAUAAGUUAGCCCUUCGUGCUGGUAAUGAAAAAGAUGUUGAUGAAGCUGCUGAUACUGUUGGUUGUUGUUCACUACGUUGUGAGCAUAUAAAACUUCAUGAAAAAAUUAAUGAUAAAGAGUAUGUCGUUGAGUUUGAUUUUCUUGGUAAAGAUUCUAUUCGAUACUAUAACCAAGUUCCUGUUGAGAAAAGAGUUUUCAAGAAUCUCCAACUCUUUAUGGAGAACAAGGAUCCCGGAGAUGAUCUCUUCGACCGUCUGGAUACUACAACAUUGAAUGAGCAUCUACGAUCUCUAAUGCCUGGUCUCACAGUUAAAGUCUUCCGUACCUACAAUGCUUCAAUCACACUUCAAGAACAAUUGAAUAAAUUAACCAAUAAAGAUGACAACGUUCACCAGAAGAUGCUGUCUUACAAUAGGGCUAAUCGUCAAGUUGCCAUUCUAUGUAAUCACCAGCGUGCAGUACCCAAAACUCACGAGAAGUCCAUGGAAAAUUUGGAAAACAAGAUCAAAGAUAAGAAAGCAGAACUCAAGCAAGCUAAGAAAGAACUUGAUGGUGCUCGUGGGAAAGAUGUCGAAAAACUGAAAAAACGAGUUGACCGUUUGAAAGAACAGCUGAAAAAAUUAAAAAUCAGUAGAACUGACAAGGAUGAAAAUAAACAAAUUGCGUUAUCUACCUCUAAGUUAAACUAUUUGGAUCCUCGUAUCUCAAUUGCUUGGUGCAAGAAAUAUGAUGUACCAAUUGAAAAAGUUUUUAACAAAACACAACGGGAAAAGUUCCGUUGGGCUAUUGAUAUGACUAUGUCGAAUGAUGAAGAGUAUAUCUUCUAA